GAGGCCGGCCGGCGCGUUCCCCGGAUGGAGGUACUGGUCCAGAUCUCCGAGAGCCCGAACCGCGUUAACUGUUUCUGUGCUCCGUGCUCCCGGCCGGAGGAGCCUAGGAGGCCAUGGCCCCGGGGGCGCCUGCUCGGACACCUGUGACCUUUGAUGAUGUGGCCAUGUAUUUCUCAGAGCAAGAGUGGAGGAAGCUGGAAGAUUGGCAGAAGGACCUUUAUAAGAACAUAAUGAAGUCCAAUUAUGAGACUUUGGUCUUCCUGGGCUGUGCCAUUCCCAAGCCAGACUUGAUCACCUGGAUUGAACGGGGGCAAGAACCAUUCAUCAGAGAUCUCGGAAAUUUGGAGAGAAAAGAGCUGGCAGUCAGCACCAGAGCUGAUGAGCGUCUUCACUUGAGGAGCACAGAGAGGCAUCUGUUUGGGGAGGACCAGGGAUCUGUGAGUUCACAAAAGGAAAAGCAGUAUUUUUGUGGUCUUCAAAACCAGGACUCAUCUGAAUUACAAUUAUCAGGAGAAAGAAGAGAAGCUUCCUCUAUACAUGGUCAGCAAGGCUCUUUAAGGAGCCCAUAUAACGAAGAUUCCCAGUCUUUAGCUUCAAAAGUCCACAGCAUCAAGGAAUCCCGCUGGAAAAAGAAAGACUUGAAUCACAAAACUGAGGGAUCCCCUUCCUUCCAGAAAAUUCCCACAAGGCAGAGCAUCUGCCCGUGUCCUGACAGCAGUAAAGGCUUCUGCCUAGAGGGCCACCUGGUGAAACACCAAAGAAACCACUCCAGAGGCCCGCCAUGCCAGUGCCCAAAGGGCAAGAAGACAUUCAGGCAGCGAUCUGCUCUCCAAUGGCACCAGAGCAUCCAGGGCUGGCAAAGGCACUUGCCACAGAAUGAGAUCAGCGAAAAAGACUUCUGCUUAAAGAGUUACAUGAAGGCGGAUGAGGGCCUGUACAGAAGAGAGGGAGCAUUUGUCCAGGACCUCACCCAGCUCAUGGAACAGACCCAAUUGCACAAUAGCAAAAAGCACUUCUGCACAAAGGGCAGCAGGAACUUCCCCAGGAAAGGCCUCCUAAAGGUCCACCAGCACCUACCUAGUGGGGAGAGGCCCUUCUUCUGCCAGGAGUGUGGCAAGGGCUUCACUCAGAAAUCUAAGCUCGUUGAACACAGGAGAGGGCACAGUGGGGACAGGCCCUUCCAGUGCCCUGAAUGUGAUACCAGCUUCCGCCUGAAGGGACAUCUGCUCAGGCAUCAGCACCUGCACACAGGGGACAGGCCCUUCCAGUGCCCCGAGUGUGACACCAGCUUCCAUCUGAAGGCCGUUCUAAAGGCCCAUCAGCGCACACACAGUGGGGAAUGGCCUUUCUCUUGCAGUGACUGUGGCAAAGGCUUCACGAGGCAAUUCCACCUCACAGAGCACCUCAGAAUGCACACAGGUGAGAAGCCUUUCCAGUGUCCCCAGUGUGACAAGAGCUUCCGCCUGAAGGGCACCCUCAAGGUCCAUCAGCGUGUGCACAGCAGGGAUCGGCCAUUCUCUUGUGGGCAAUGUGGCAAAGGCUUCACUCACCAGUAUAAGCUGACCGAGCACUUCCGAGUCCACAGUGGUGAGAAACCCUUUCAGUGCCCUGAGUGCAGCAAGAGCUUCCGCUUGAAGAGUGGCCUGAAUUACCACCAGCGCUUACACCAUAAGGAGAGACCGUUCUCCUGCAGUGAGUGUGGCAAGGGCUUCAUUCACCAGUCCAGGCUCAGUACCCACAUCAGAGUGCAUACCAGGGAGAAGCCCCUUGAUGACCUGCAUGACCCUGGUAAAGCAAAGCCAGGCCAGCUUUUUAGGCUAAUAGAGGAAGACUGGAGUUCAUAGAUUCUGGCAUGCAAGGACCUUAGAAAUCAUCAUUCAGAGUGCCACUCAUCUUACAGCCAAGAUGGUAUCUUACCCAAGUGAGUGGCAGAGGCAGAACUAGAACUCGGAUCUCUUGAUUCCUUCAAUGGCCAGCUGAGCUGCCCUCAUAGCACAGAGACAAGCUGGAGGGAAGGAGUUAGGAAAAGAGUCAGUCAUACUCCAGUGCUAAAAGUUUCGGCCCAUCAAAGGCAGCUAGGUGGAGUAGUGGACGGAGCCCUGGGCCUUGAGUCAGGAAGACCUAAGUUCAAAUCUGGCCUUAGACACUAGUCAUAUGACCCUGGACAAGGCACUUAACCUCUUUUUGCUUCAUUUUCCUCAACUAUAAAAUGAGGAUGAGAGCAACACCCGCCUCACAGGGUUGUUGUGAGGAUCAGAUAAUAUUUCUGAAGUGUUUAGCGAAGUACCUAGCAUAUCUUAAGCAUUAUCUAAAUGCUUAAGUCUGUUCUCUUCCCUGCCUCACUCUUCCUGUAUUAUCAUCUAAAGACCUGAGGUGUUGACCUUCAGAUACUGAGGACCAGUCAGAGCCUGACUGAAGAACAGGGAAAGGUCCAUAGAUAUGUAAUGGAAGAUUUUCCCUUGCCAUUCCCAAGUUAAAAAGGAUGGGAUGAGCAGCUCUCUGCCUGUUCUGUUAACCCAGCAGAAUGUAGUCCUGAUUUCACUGCUUAAUCCUUUGAGAGUCUUUGCAGGCAUGAGCACAGUUGGCCAGUCUCUUUCUUUAAUGUAGUUUGUCAGCAACAGCAGUAAUAAAUGGAGUCACUCUGGAAUCAAA